UAAGCUGCAGCCCGGUUUGAGUUCGCGGUAAACCUGCUGCAGCGGUCUGUGGGAUUAGCGGCUCUUGCAGUUUAGAGCAUUGACAGGAGCCAGGAUGUCCCGCUCCGAGGAGGUACACCGGCUCACCGAAAAUGUCUACAAGACCAUUAUGGAACAGUUUAACCCAUGCCUUAGAAACUUCAUAGCCAUGGGGAAGAAUUACGAGAAAGCUUUGGCAAGUGUAACGUUUGCAGCAAAAGGCUACUUUGAUGCUCUGGUAAAGAUGGGAGAGUUGGCGAGUGAAAGCCAAGGCUCAAAGGAACUCGGGGACGUUCUCUUCCAGAUGGCUGAAGUUCAUCGGCAGAUCCAGAACCAGUUAGAGGACAUGCUGAAAUCUUUUCACAAUGAAUUACUUACCCAACUGGAACAGAAGGUGGAACUGGAUGCCAGGUAUCUUAGUGCUGCUCUGAAGAAAUAUCAGGUGGAACAGAAGAACAAAGGGGACGCCCUGGAAAAGUGCCAAGGAGAACUGAAGAAACUGCGGAAAAAGAGCCAAGGAAGCAAGAAUCCCCAGAAGUAUUCAGACAAGGAAAUGCAGUACAUUGAAGCCAUCAGCAGCAAACAGGGCGAACUGGAAAGCUUUGUCUCGGAUGGGUACAAAACCGCGCUGACGGAAGAGAGACGGAGGUACUGCUUCCUGGUGGAGAAACAGUGUGCGGUAGCAAAGAACUCCAUUGCCUACCAUGGCAAGGGUAAGGAUAUACUCACUCAGAAGAUCCCUUCGUGGCAACAGUCCUGUGCCGACCCCAACAAAAUCCCAGAGCGGGCCUUGCAGAUGAUGCAGCAGAUGGCCAUCGGCAGCAAUGGCACCAUCCUAUCUGGAACGCUUUCUGGACCUCUGACCACAUCAAAGUCCAGCCUCUCCAUUUCUGACCCCAUACCUGGUGCCAAACCUCUGCCGGUGCCACCAGAGCUUGCGCCGUUCGUUGGAAGAAUGUCUGCUCAGGAAGGAACCCCUAUAAUGAAUGGAGUGUCUGGGCCACCACCCACCAGCUACGAGCACUGGGGAGAUAUGAAACCCGUUCAACCCAAGAUCUCACCUUCGCAGCCACACAAGCAAAUCAGUGAUUCCUAUUCAAAUACACUCCCAGCCCGUAAGAGCGUUCCACCCAAAAACAGCUACACUGUUGCAGAGAACAAGACCUUGCCUCGCUCCAGCUCCAUGGCAGCCGGCCUAGAAAGGAACAGCAGGACGCGAGUCCAGGCCAUCUUCUCACACUCCGCAGGAGACAACGGCACCUUGUUAAGCUUCAAAGACGGAGACUUCAUCACCUUGCUUGUCCCAGAAGCCAGAGACGGUUGGCACUACGGAGAGAGCGAGAAGACCAAAAUGAGAGGAUGGUUCCCGUUUUCCUACACACGGGUCUUAGACCGCGGUGAGGCCGGCGAUCGCACACAGAUGAGCUUACAGCCUGGGAAGAGCAGUAGCACCGGGAAUCUCUUGGACAAAGACGACCUUUCCAUACCUCCCCCAGACUACAACAUGGCAGCUCGCGGCUUCCCCCCGCAAGCCCAUAGCACGUUCAAGCCCAGACCUUACAGUGUGGCAGCGCCGGUUUUCUCACAGGGUUUAGAAGAUUAUGGAGCAGCGCGUUCGACAAACAGUUUGGAAGCUGAAGUUGCGAGGUUUUGAGAGGUGCCCGCAGUUAAAACCCUUUCCUUGAGGUUCGUCUGAGACCCACGGUUACAAAUGACAGAUCUGCUCCGCUUGGCAACUGAACAUCGUUAACCACUUAAACCGCGCCACGCGUUCAGUCAUUUUCGUUCGUGGCGUGGAGGAAACGGGCCGACAGACCGGCAUCUUCUCG